UACAGGGACAGAGAGCUAUUUCCAAGACUUCAUACUUAUCUUUCCUGCGCCACGGAGCAGACCAGCGAGCCCCAGGAUGAGGAGCCUUCUUCAGUGUCUGGCACUCUGUGCCGCGGUGUCCUUCUGCGUCUGCUACGAUUCUCAUGAAAGCACAGAAUCCAUUGAAGAUGUGUUUGUGCCUCCGAACCGAGCCAACUCGUUCAUCACGCCACAGAGGGGCAACGUAUACAACCCCGCCAGAGGGAACGGCCACAACUAUUACCACUUCAUGAGGAAAAUAAAGUCUCCGGCGGAGAGGCGUGCGGAGACCUGCGAGGACUACUCUCCGUGCCGCUUCUACGCCUACCGCCACGGCUUUCAGCAGGCCUACCAGAGAUACUUCGCCUCCCGAAAUCAACCCCAGAGGCCAGCCGGGACUCGUCGGUACUAAACGGAGAGUAUCAGUCUGUCGAAAGCAGAAUCAUCAUUACCGUCUGGGAAAGAACGCGCGCGGGCCCCUCAAUCCCCCCGUAGCUCGACUUUUCUAUCAUUUAUGUGGUUGUUUUUGUGGCCUCUCGUGGACGAGAAGUGGCUCCUGGAAGAAAACACAUUUUGUAAACACAGAGGCAUCCAGUGUGGCUCUCAGCCCGUCAUUACGGGCACGUAGAAAUCCACGGCCCAUCUCGUGUGUAAUCUCAGGAUAACUUGUAUCCACUAUUAUCACACCUUCACAUCAUUUAUGAGCUUUAUGCGCUUUACGCAUAGCUCACGUUCCUCACGUUUAUCCACCUAUUUAUCCAGGCCCGCGCUGCUGUCUGUGAUCUUUUGUUUUUGUUCACUGCUUUGAAAAAAAUGAAUAAAAUCCCCUUUAUUGGGGUUUAUCCUAA